CGUGCAAUUGCACAAAUUGAUUCAUCAUUAAUAGAAGGUUGUCCAUUGAGAUUUAAAUAUACUAGAUUAGAACAAGAUCAUGCCAUUUCAAUCACAGAUGCACUGAAAAUGUUACUAUCUCUAUACAAAGAAGCGAGACUUAUGUAUUUUAAAUUUGGACAAGAUUGUGCUAUUUCACUAAUGCAUCUAUCAGUAAUGACUACAGUUGAAGAUAUAGUCUCACUUUUAAAGUUGAAUGCCUUAAAUGUGGAUAUAGAAUCUUGGAUCGAUGACACAGAAGAAAAUUUAAAUAUGUUAAAGAGGAAU